AGGUGCACAGCACAAAUUCUUGCAAAUAUACUUCGUGGGCAAUAUGGAAGAACAACUUGACCGGCGUCAAGGGAUCAACACAGCUACGAAAAGAGCAAUUCUCCAAGAUUUGCAGCAAAUGCUUCAUGAACAUCAUGCAUUGGUCAGGCUGUUCAAGACUGCUUUAGAGCGCAUGCCAAGUGAUGACUAUAAAGUUGUAAUCAGAGCAGAUAAAAGACCAGCUGGAACACAUGAACGCACAUUUAAUGCUCCAACAAUCGAUGAAGUGGCAAUCCUGAUUGUUGGUGAAAACUUGGAAACACGUGAUAUUGUGCUUACACGACGCAAUACUGGGCAACUACAAAGAAUAUAUGAAACACACCGUUCAUAUGACGCGUUACAAUACCCGCUGAUGUUUUGGCAAGGAGACGAUGGAUAUCACUUUAAUAUCAAAAUGAUUAAUCCAUUGAAUGGUGAGGAAACUACCAAGAAGAUGACGAACUGGGGAAGAAAACAACUGCAAUAAAGCCGCAGCAUGUGUUAACAAGGAACAUAUGCAAAACUGUCUCGUUUUUUAUUUGUAAAUACUGUCUCAAAAAUUCAAGUGAUAAAGAGC